CUUAUUCCGUACUCGAUCUGUUCCGUCGGAUAUCAAGCCCUCGAUCAUGCUCCUUCGACCACCCGCCGCCGGUCUCGUCGUCUCCAGCCACCUCGCCAUCCGCCGUAGAAGCGAUGGAGCCCUCCUGCCCUCACUCUUUGCUUCCCCCCAUCCCCUUCAUGCUGCCUUCGACCUCCAAUUUCAGACCUCGUGCCGCCCCUGUGGCACCAAGAAGCUGCUCCUCUCCAGGCGCCCCCUUCCUCCAGUUAAAUCUUCCUCCGGAGAUGGCGCCUCCGGAAAAUUUCUGCAGCUGGAUGCUUUGCACUUCGUGGAGUUCCUCACCUCCGAGAGGGUAAAGGUAGUCUCCAUGCUCGGCUUGGCCCUUGCCCUCUGCAAUGCCGACCGCGCGGUCAUGUCCGUUGCCAUCGUCCCGCUCUCCAGGGCCCACGGCUGGACCCAGUCCUUCGCCGGCAUCGUUCAGUCAUCUUUCCUGUGGGGGUAUCUCUUGUCACCUAUAGCUGGAGGAGCUCUUGUAGACUAUUAUGGUGGCAAACUAGUAAUGGCAUGGGGUGUGGCUCUAUGGUCUUUGGCUACUCUUCUUACACCUUGGGCUGCAGAGACUUCUUUAUGGUCACUGCUUACCAUGAGAACUCUUCUAGGAAUUGCUGAAGGAGUGGCAUUGCCAAGCAUGAAUAACAUGCUUUCAAGGUGGUUCCCGCAAUCUGAACGAUCUAGGGCAGUGGGAAUUGCGAUGGCUGGUUUUCAACUUGGCAAUGCAGUUGGACUGUUGGUUUCCCCUGUCAUUAUGUUACAAACUGGUACUUUUGGACCUUUUAUAAUAUUUGGGCUAUUUGGAUUUCUCUGGGUGUUGAUGUGGGUAUCUGCAACAUCAAGUACGCCUGAGAAACAUUCCCAAAUAUCCAAAAUAGAGCUAGACUACAUUAAAAAUGGCAAGAAAGAACCAAUUUCAGGAACUAAGGAAUUCACAAAGGCAAGAAUUAUCCCUCCUUUCAGAAAACUAUUAUCAAAGUCUCCUACAUGGGCUUUGAUCUCUGCAAAUGCCAUGCAUAGCUGGGGGUAUUUUGUUAUACUUUCAUGGAUGCCAAUUUACUUCAACACGGUAUAUCAUGUUGAUCUACGACAAGCUGCAUGGUUCAGUGCACUUCCAUGGGUAAUGAUGGCUAUUUUAGGCUAUUUUGCUGGGGCUUUGUCAGAUUUACUGAUUCAGAAUGGUUUUAGCAUUACCUUUACCAGAAAAAUUAUGCAGUCAAUUGGCUUUUUGGGUCCUGGGUUGUCUCUUCUGGGCUUGAAUGCAACUAAAAAUCCUUCAAUAGCUUCUUUUUGGCUUACAGUAGCCGUCGGCUUGAAUUCUUUUGGCCAUGCUGGUUUUUUGGUGAACUUCCAGGAGAUAGCUCCACAAUAUGCAGGUGUGCUGCAUGGAAUAUCAAAUACUGCUGGAACUUUGGCUGCAAUAACAGGAACUGUUGGAGCUGGUUUCUUUGUUGAGAGGAUGGGUUCUUUUAAGGGCUUCCUCAUUUUGACAUCAUUCCUUUAUUUCAUCAGCACGCUUCUCUGGAACCUCUUUGCAACUGGGGAGCAAAUCAACAUAUGAUCGCUACUUUGAAUCUUGUCUAGGUGAUGCAUGGCAGCCAUUGCAAUCAACAAAGAAGCUUUGGGCUCCUCUAUCAUGUACAUAUAAUUGUAAAAUAAAGCUCAGUUCUUCUAUGCUAUGUACAAUUCAUUGACAUCCGCUACAAUUGCUCACUAUUACUGAUGUGGAUAAUUUUUUUUAUCAGUUUAGGAUGGAUAUAAGUGUAUUGAGAUUGUAGAAUCAUCAAGGAGGAAAUAGAAAAUAGGCUGCUGUUUUUUUUUCUCA